AAAGUAGCCCUUGACCAAGGGCAGUGCGAAGAUAUAAAAGCAAGAUGCAAGUACCUCAGAAAUCGGAGAACAUAAAAAUCCGAAAAUCUUUCAACCAUUUUUUGAAAACUGGGCGGGAACUCUCCCCCCCUUCGGUCUCGUCGACCCCCUCUUGAUCUUCCCCUGGAUCCAAGGGUGUGCCAUGCAAAUUUUGGCUGCUUUAGCUCUUACAGGGACUGAAUGCACAGAGAACAAACAAACUUUCUUCUUUAUAUAUAUAGAUAUGUGUGUGUGCGUGCGUUCCUGUGUUUGUUUUAGCCUAAUUUAUCUACUUCAACUUCAGGGUGUAUCUAUAUCCAGCUACUACUAUAACAACCCGAUCUAGUUAGUUAUCUGAUCUAGAUGUAUGAAUAAGUUUGAUAUACGCACUCUUAUUAUAAUAGAAGUUUCGAAGGAUUUUCAGCCAAGUUUCGAAGCUAUGGAAUGUUGUUUUCAAAUAUUAUGUUUUAUUGUGCAAUCUAAACGCAUGUAAAAUUAGAACAAUUUUUAGGGGUUCUUCUACUAGAUUCCUCUAAAAGCUGUUCUAAUACGAAUAUUUCUCCUGUGAACAGUAUUCUCUACGCAUGUAAAAUGUUUAGACUUUUCGUUUCAUAAGCAACAAAAAUAUAGCUAUUUCUCAACUCGAAGACCAGUUGUAGAAGUGUUCAACAGCGUCUUACUAAAAUAACCUUAAAGGCACAGAUGUGAGGAAAGUGAUACUACGCGACUGAGACUCGAACUCAGGAUCCUAAACGUGACGAUGCUCUAUCGUAUGGUAUGAGGUUAUAAUAUUUGUUUUUCUUUAUUAAUGUCCGCAAUCACAUUUAUAUAGAUAUAGUUAACAUUCUAAUAUUGAAUGUAAAUUUUUGUCCUAAAUACAUAAUCCAAAAACAAAAAUUUAAUAAGAAAUUAUUCAACUGGAAUAGCAUGUUGUGGCUAAACAUUUAUUUUGCAGUUAACCUCAUCAACAGAAAACCAUAAUAAGUAUGAGUAUAUUAAAACUAUUGACAUACAUAUGCGUUUUCCACUUGGUUUAACUUUAGAAUAUUUUCAAUAAUAUGUUAAUACAUGCAAAUUUAACAAAAACAUGCUAUUCCAAUUGAAUGAUUUCUUAUUAAAUUUUUGUUUUUGGAUUACGCUUUUUGGACAAAAAUUUGCAUUCAAUAAUAGAAUGUUAACUAUAUCCAUAUAAAUGCGCUUGCGGACAUCAAUAAAGGAAAACAAAUAUUAUAACCUCAUACCGCUUUAUUUCAGAUAAAUAAUUUUGACUGUAUUUAGAUCUUAGGGUAAGAUUUGAUAGAUGGCUAUCUCAGAUUUUUAAUUUAUGUUUCACUGAUAUAUUCUUCAUUCAAAACAUGAGUGAUCCUGAAAAUUCGUAGUAUUGAAAUCCUUCCGUCUAGAAGCUAUUGUGAUCCCAAAAUCGGCAUUAUUUCAUACCUUCUUUAGCCUCUUAGUGUUUCGGUAUUUUUUCUCCAUAACCGAGAGAGCUGAACAAAUACUUUUUAUAAAUGAAAAAAAUUAUUGUAUGCGUUCAACAAUGAUUGUUUGAGAUUUUUAUUUAAAACAGAAGCUUUCGAUUACAAUUGUAGUCAUCGUCCGCUACAUUUAGACGAAAAACACACACAAUAUAUGAGUGAUUCUGGUGAAUUUGCCACUGUUUCAGUGAAGUUGAUGGUCUCAAGCCGUUCUCCCUUUAACCUUAAUGAAACUCUUUCAAAUGUUUUUCACAUAUUCCACGAUAUAUGUGAACAUGUUUUUGUUUUGUUUCUGAUAGCAUUUUGUUGUCUCUAUUCAUUUAUACUAUGAUCUGUCUUUGCAGUUGCUUCUUUUUUGUAGCCGUUAAUUUCAAAUGCGUUCUUAAGAGAAGCCGGUGAUCACCUGGGCACUCUAAAGUAAAUAUAGCAACGAUUAGAAUUAUUUUAUAAGAGAGAAAUUUGAAAAAUAUCACUGAGUAUCCCGCUACCACCUUUUUCCCAUCACUAUGAUUUUCUUGUGCCUUCAUAAUCGGUUGCUUAAAUGAAUCUGAAUUUUUAGUAUAACGGUUUCAAAAUAUGGAGAAUCGAAUGGUAUGCAUAAUUUUCUGUUUAGUAGUUUACAAAUUGAUUUUCUGGGAAACCUGGUUUUUGCAGAAGACUAGCCAUAUUUUGUGACGGAUUCUGGACUCCAGAUAUAUAAAUCUAGCUUCUCUUCAGGGACUCAACUUAGUUUCAUAGAUAGUAAGAUUUUACACUGAAUAUAUAUAUAUAUAUUACAAUAUUCUUUUUUUCUCUUCUCUUGUUUGAAUGAAGUAGAUAUUUCUAAGAAUGUCCUUUUCUAUUCUCUUAUCGAAAAUAGUGAACAUUACUCAGGACCGCAAAUAACGGGAGAGUGAGUGAGGGUGCGCACCCUCCGAAUAAUGGAAAAAGCUGUCAUUAUUUUAUCCAUUAUUCCUCGCACAAGAUUUGUUUUUAUUCAAUUCAAUUUCACACUGCUCCAGAGAGAAAGUUAGUUUAACAUCCCCUAAUGUUCGCCUCCUAUUUGCGGCCGUGAAAUUACUACGAAAUAUGCACAUUGAGAGAAAGCCACUGUUCUUAAACGUGAAACUUAACUUAAAACAGAAAGUGAUCAUAUGUUGACCAACCAAAAACACGUCGUCAAAUUCGAUCCAUUAUACCCCUUUUCUAUUACCCAUUUUCAGAUGAAACCAAAAUCGUACUUUGCAGCUACUUUUAAAAUUCUUAAAUCUCGGCGAGGGGCAAACACUGCAUCAACGCUAUCAAGGUCAUCAAAUUGGAUAAAAAUGAUAUGAGCAAAUUGAGACUGGACUUAACGAAUCUCGCCGUGGCCUGCCGCCUGAACUGUUGAGUCACAGCCGUGUCAUACCAUUUUCCUCACAUCCCGGAACCGUAACUAAGAAGAUGGCAAUACGUUGAUGUGUUCGCAUUUUCGUGGAGUGAUGUGACGGCUAUGGCUUCAUAGUUGAGACGGUAGAGCAUCGGCAUGUUUAAGAUCCUGAGUUCGAGUCUCAGUCGCGUCGUACCAUUUUCCUCCCAUCGGUCGUUUUAAGGUUAUUUUAGUAAGACACUAUCGAACAUUUCUACAACUGGUCUUCGAAUUGAGAAGAAACUAUAUUUUUGCACAGAAGAGUUAAAUGUGUAACUUAUUGUGGUCACUCAUUUACAAUUUUAGGUCUUGAGCAAUGAUUUUCUUUUAUAAUCAAAAGUCAUGUGUAUUUGCGGGCUGUUUCCUGAUAUUCAUGUAAGUGUUAAGGAGUAGUUGAGAGUAUCAUACAUAAAUAUAUAUAUAUAUAUAUGUGUGCGUCUCUUCCUGUGUUUGUUUUAGCCUAAUUUAUCUACUUCAACUUUAGGGUGUAUCCGUAUCCAGCUACUACUACUACAACGCGAUCCAGUACUAGAGCAAUAACACCGUCUACCACCAGAGCUAGUACAAGAGCAACAACACCAUCUACAACCACAACUAGUACGAGAGCAACAACACCGUCUACAACCACAACUAGUACGAGAGCUGCAGCAACAAUUCAAGUUGUUAAAGUUGGCUUCAAUGGUCAAUUAGUAUUUACACCAUCUAUAGUAAACGUAACUGUUGGUGAUACAGUUCAAUGGAUCGAUAAUGAUGCAACUAAGCCCCACACAGUUACACAAGGAGUUGAUUCAUCAUGUGUUGCACAAUCAAAUGGUUUUGAUUCAGGAAGAUUACAAAAUCCGUCAACUUAUAACCAUACAUUUAAUAAGACUGGAAUAUAUUAUUAUUUCUGUACAUUUCAUUGUUCGGCUGGCAUGAGUGGACGAGUAAAUGUUGGUGAUAGGUAA